CAAUACAGUUUCAGCUCUUUGAUGCUAUUUUUGAAUUUCCUCUCCUUUCCUCUCUUUUCUUGGCUCUGAUUCAAGCACCCAGUGCACUGAUUUCUAGGAUACUUCCUACUUCUAUUUCCUUCUGAUAAUAAGUUUAGUUCUCUGGUAACCUGUCUUUAGGUUUAUAUAGAAACACCAUAUUGUAACUUAAUAUUUAUGUUUAUUAAAUAGUAAAUGCAUUAAGUGGAGGCAAUAAUCAUGUCAUUGUUUUGCUUUACUGUAUGCCCAGCACUUAGCACUAAGUCUGACUUGUAAUUGGUGCCCAACAGUAUCUGAGAAACAACAAAAAAUUGUUUUGUUUAUGUUUCCUUUUCUUUUUCUCUCAUAUCCUUCCACCUCCCCCACCAUAAUUUCACUACCCACACCCUGUGCCAGACAAACAUCAUCCAGUUCUUAAAACUCAUUAAACCUUUCUGAAUUACUUAACUCCAUUCUUCAACAAAAGGCUCAUUUACAAACACAAGUCUUCCUGUCACUUUCGUGCUUUCAGUUCUCCAGUGAAUUCCCAUUAGCUUUAGAAGAAGGACCAAUCCAAUUACAGUGGCCUUUGGGCCCUGAAAUCUACUUGCCUGACACCCUCUCCAGGUCUUCCUGUCACUCACCUGCCUUCCAAUGUGUUCUCAUUUCCUGGGGUACAGCACAUUCUAUGAUGUGUCCAUGAUUUUAUACUUGUUCCUAAAUCAGAAAGAAAAAACAAACUUCUGAACCUAUUUCCAUUUCUGCAAAACUGCCUCAAACUUUUUGCCCAACUGAAUUUUUAAGGUGUCAUAAAUAAUGUGUGCAUUUCUAGAGAGCUUCCCCACCUCCACAAAUGAAACACUUUAGUAUAUGUUCACAGAGUAUCCUUGUCAUUAUUUCUUUUUUUCCCCUUAUUUCUUUAAUCUGUUCUAAGCUAGUAUGUUAACUCCAUAAGGACAAGUGAUCUCUCUGCUUUAUUCAUCAGUAUGAUUUCACUCCCUGCUAUGGUCUUGGCUCUGAGUUGACAUGAAACAUUCAUUUGUGGCAAAGGGAGAUCAUCACUUACCUCAAAUAUGUUGCAGUAAAUGGGCUGAAAAGACAUAGACCAUUUCAGAAAUACAUGAAAAUCAAAUAGUUGAUAAAAAGUAAUACAUACUAAAUCUUUUUUUUUACUGUCAGAAGAGUAUAAUUUUAAAAAAGAAAAUUACAAAGAAUUUCUUAUGGGAUCAAGUAUUUCUUAUGCCUAUAUCUAAAAUGAAAAUAUAUUGCUUGAUUUUCCUUCAGAAGUAAUAUCCUUCUAUAAAGUAAUGUCUUAAGAUUUUUUAAGUGUUUAAUUUCCUUUUUAAUAUCAGUUUUUUAAAAUAUGCUACUUAGAUGAGAAUUCCCUGGUAGUCUAGUGGUUAGAAUUCAGGCUCUCACGGGGAACUGAGAUCCUGCAAGUCCCACAGCACAGCCCCACCCCCCAAAACAAAUCCUAUUUAGAGACAGAAAGUAGAAUGGUGGUUUCCAGGCAUUGGGAGGAGGGGGGAAUAGGGAGUAGUUGUUUAAUGGGUACAGAGUUUCCGUUUUACAAGAUGAAGAGAGUGUUGGAGAUGGAUGGCAGUGAUGGUUGCACAAUAUUAUGAAUGUAUUUAACACCACUGAACUAUACACUUAAAAAUGACUAAGAUGGUAAAUGUUAUGUGUAUUUUACCACAAUAAAAAUAAUUAAAUUCUGUUUACAAUAAAAUCAGUCCUGAAACUGAUCAUUUAUUCUGGAAAUCCUUAAUAUUAUGAGGAUUGUAGGGUUUUGCAGUUUUUAGGACAUGAGCUAGAUCUGACUUGAAGAGACCUAACACUGGAUGAGCUUUUUCUCACUUGGUAGUAAAAACGAAAGAUAUUUUCCUUCGGUAGAUAUUUAUUCAGCACAAACACUUACACUUCUGUAGAGUCACACUUAUGUCCACAGCCUGAGAAAAUGAUGGUAGAUUACAAAUCCUCCUACAAAUAAAAAUAAAGAGCAGGAAGGGGUCUCGGCUGCAGAUUCUUAGUACUGCCCAGAACAACCAAAAUCCAUAAAACCCUGAAGUCUCUGAGAAAAGGCAUGAAGUUUGCUUUUGAGACUUUUAGAAGAAGCAGAAUUAAAGGAUAUAAUUUGUUGUUCUUAAUUUCAUCUGCAGGGUUUAUCUAAAGAGGCAUUUCUUGAUACAUUUAUCUUGAUUGGGACCCAAGUUAAUCAGAUUUGUCCUUUGGAUUACAACACUGAUGAGGUUGCCAACUGCAUUAAAAGAGAGUUCACCAUCAAAAUGAUGCAUUUUCUAGAAAGAGAAAGAAGCUCUGAACUCUGGAAUGUUGUGUCAGCAUCCUCGAUAAAUAUUUGGUUUCACUGGAUUUUCCAUCUGUUUGGGUUCUGCCUUGCCUCGUGUUGCUUGGACUGUGUGUAAGUGAAAACCCAGAAGUCAGCUGGCAGCUGAGCUAGUUACAAUGGAAUCACAGGAAUCAGUGACCUUCAAGGAUGUAGCUGUAGACUUCACCCAGGAAGAGUGGGCCCUACUGGACACAUCCCAGAGGAAACUAUUCAGAGAUGUGAUGCUAGAGAACAUCAGUCAUCUGGUCUCAGUUGGCAAUCAGCUCUACAAAUCAGAUGUGAUUUCCCAUUUGGAGCAAGGAGAGCAACUUUCAAGAGAAGAGUUAGGUUUUCUGCAAGGCCAGAGUCCAGUCAUUUCAGGUAGAGAAGAUGAUCUGAGAAAACAGGAAAUGAUAUCCAUGCAACAUAUCUACAAGAAAGACACAUCUGUAAUCAGUGCAAUGAGAUCUCACAGUCAAGAGGAUCUUUUGGAAUGCAAUGAUUUCAGAGAAAAAUUUACUGAAAUCUUAACAUUGACUCAAUAUGUGAUACCUCAAGUGGGAAAGAAACCCUUUUUCAGCCAAGAUUUUGGAAAAGCCAUCAGUUACUUGUCAUCCUUUAAUAUACAUAAGCAAAUUCAUGCUAGAAGUAAAUCAUAUGAAUGUCAUCAACGUACGAAUGCCUUUAUUCAAAGUUCUGCCCUUAGGCAGCACGAUAAUACUCAAACUGGAGAGAAAACAUUUGAAUGUCAUGUAUGUAGGAAAGCCUUCAGUAAAAGUUCUAACCUUAGACGACAUGAGAUGAUUCAUACUGGAGUGAAACCACAUGGAUGUCAUCUGUGUGGGAAAUCCUUUACUCAUUGUUCUGACCUUAGAAAACAUGAAAGAAUUCACACUGGAGAGAAAUUAUAUGGGUGUCAUCUGUGUGGGAAAGCCUUCAGUAAAAGUUAUAAUCUUAGGCGACAUGAGAUGAUUCACACUAGAGAGAAACCAAAUGAAUGUCAUCUGUGUGGAAAAGCCUUCACUCAUUGCUCUGACCUUAGAAAACAUGAGAGAACUCACUUUGGAGAGAAACCAUAUGGAUGCCAUCUAUGUGGGAAGACAUUCAGUAAAACUUCUUACCUUAGACAACAUGAGAGAACUCACAAUGGAGAGAAACCAUAUGAAUGUCAUCUAUGUGGGAAGGCCUUCACUCAUUGUUCUCACCUUAGAAAACAUGAGAGAACUCACACUGGAGAGAAACCAUAUGAAUGUCAUGUAUGUGGAAAAGCCUUCACUGAGUCUUCUGUCCUUAGACGACAUGAGAGAACUCACACUGGAGAGAAACCAUAUGAAUGUCAUCUGUGUUGGAAAGCCUUCACUGAUUCCUCUGUCCUUAAGCGACAUGAGAGAACUCACACUGGAGAAAAACCAUAUGAAUGUCACCUAUGUGGGAAAGCCUUCAAUCACUCUUCUGUCCUUAGACGACAUGAAAGAACUCACACUGAACAUUACAUUAAACUAUCAGAAAAUAUACAAUUAAGAACAAACUACCAUCACUGGAAAUCAAGAAGGAAAGCCAGCUAUGUAAACACCUCUAUGCAGUGUAUUCAUCCUGAACAGAUGGGCGUUGUUGGAACAAAAUUCAGUCGACAGGGGCUACCCAGAGGCAGUGACCGCGAAAGGGAGACCUGUGGAGGUACAGGGCCCAGCUCCAUGAAGACAAGGAGGAUGAGGUUAGUCCUCUCCCAAGGACUGAGGUCUGCAGAAUCCCAGGGCCAGGGAGGGCGUGGCAUCCUGGGGCUGCGUUGAGGGCCAGGAUGGGUGAUGGGAGGCGAAGGGUGAGAGUCCACGUCCUGAGUGGGGACCUGGCACAGCACGAGGCAGGAGACGGUAAAGAGACCAAAUGCGGAAAGGUUGGCAGGGACCUUUGAGUGCUUUUAAGCAGGAAAGGAAAUGACCCAAACUCUGCUGCCUGGCCUCCGGGCGUUUCAGGAUGAGGCAUUCUCCCUGAGGGUAGGACAAGGGGGUGCAGUGCCUGUGACAACUGCAGGGACCCACAGACCCAGGGGUUAGACACUUCAGACACGCCUCUUGUCAUAGGAGUCAAGCAGUAUACUUCUGCCUCUACAAAUUGUCCAUUCCCCCAACCCGCCUGCCAUGUCAAAGCUCCUGUGUUCAUGUUUACAUGCAGUGGGUGUCUGAGUGACGACAGUGUCUCCCCACCACAUCUCUGAGACUCUAUUUCCUUAUGUGGGAAUUAAGUCCAAGGAAAGCUGAAGGGUAAAAGGAAG